UGUUCCACCUAACACAUGGCUUCUUCCAGUUCCAGCAUGAAGCCAAUUUUCCAACCUGUGAAGAUUGACCCAGAGCAACAGUUGCCUGUCAGUCAUAUCACAGUCAUAGACCAGGAACUCCAAGUGUGGGAUUUCUCAAGGCCCUGCUUCUCAAUGGCCCUGGUUGCCCUUCACUGUACUGACUGUGGAGGGAGCCUGUAUAGUUCCCGGGUGGUGGGCGGGCAUGAAAGUUCUGUGAAGAGCUGGCCCUGGCAGGUCAGCAUUCAGUACAAGAAGAGUCAUAUCUGUGGUGGCUCCAUCCUUGACCACUACUGGAUCCUAACUGCUUCCCACUGCUUCAGAAUCUCUUCUGUCGUGUCCCUCUGGAAAGUAAAGGUUGGCAUUCACUACCUGUAUGCCAGAACCCCAUACUUGGACCUGGACAAAAUCUUUAUUGUCAAGCACAACAGUUUACAUCCCAAAGAGAAUGACUUGGCCCUGAUCAAGCUGAAAAGGCCUCUUGUUAUGUCAGAUAGAAUCAGGCCCAUUUGUCUGCCAUUCUUUGAUGAAGAGCUGAUUCCAAGUACUACACUCUGGGUUAUAGGCUGGGGUUCCAUAAAAGAGUCAGAAGUAAAGGUUUCUAAAAUCCUACAUGAGGCAAAAGUUCAACUCAUUGACAGAAAUCAGUGCAACCAGGAAAAUGCAUAUUUUGGGGAUAUCACCAAGAAAAUGCUAUGUGCUGGUAUGCCUGGUGGCAACGUCGAUGCAUGCCAGGGUGACAGUGGUGGGCCCUUGAUGUACUACAAGGAAAAGUGGCAAAUAGUGGGCAUAGUGAGCUGGGGUAUUGGCUGUGGGCAACCCAACUUCCCAAGUGUGUACACCCGUGUCAAUUUCUUUCUCAACUGGAUCUAUAACAUCCGGAAGAAAUGAAGUUUCCUGCUGCUGUGAAGAUGCCAUUGGAAGCUGUUUUGCUCACCCCUCUUCCCUAAUCCUUUCCUCACUACAGGCUCCAGAACUUAGAUAUUUAUAAGAGUUCCUACCCUGAGCAGGUUCUCAUUUCUCAAAGACUGCUUCCUUCAAAGAUUUUGAGGCUUUCCUAAUGCACCUGAGAAGCUGCUUUCAAAUCCAGGUUCAAAUGCCAAGCUCUAAGGAAGGAAAUCCAUAGCCACCAUCUCAACCACCAACUCCCAGUCCCCUCUCCUAGAGGAGAGAUACUCCUCUGAACCUAGAAGCCUUCUGAGCCUCUGAUUUCCAGAGUACUAUACUCUCUCAGUAUGGGCACAGGGUUGAAUGACUGUUCCCUCUUUUGGACUCCCAUCAUCCCUGAAAAGGGUAGGAGGAGAGAAAAGAGGACCAAGGCAGUUAGGACAUCACCUGUUCUGACAUCCCAGGGCAGAUGAGAACAUACAUACUUACCUGCUGUGGGGCUUGUGAAUACUGCUACCAUCUUCACUGCUUUUGCCAGAAAAUGCAGUGCCUUUGGGAUGCACGAUGGCUGUGUCAUUUGUGGUCUGUACUCCUCUAAUACUAUUGUUAACUGUGAUAACUGGAUUACACUUCAGUUCCCCCCAUGUCUAAAGUUUACUUUGGUAGGAAUUUGAGGACCUACAAAAGCACCUCUAAAUCACCAGAGCCACCUUCAUGAGUGUGUUAGGUCUUUGAAGAGGCCACAAAUGUGAUCGUGAAUUCAAGAAGAGUAUUUGGUCCAGAAUUCUAAUUUCACCAAGGUUAGAAAUUGAUGCUGUGUGCAGAAAGUCCCUCCACAUGUGCAGAUGGGCAGGUGAUCAGCAACUUAGAGUCUGAGGAAGUUACCUAACGUGUUGAGAAAGUUCAUGACUUGCCCGUGCUCACAUAACUAGUCCAUGUUCUAAGUAGAACUCAAUCCCAGUUCUUCCCAAUUCUCAGACCUACUCUUUCUGCCCUCCCAUAUUCCAUCUAACCAGGGAGAUAAUCAAAGCACUCAGAAUGGCUUUGAGAUACAGCCUGCUGGGAAUAGUGUACUAAUGAAACUUGGAUAAACCAGCUUCUUACCCAUCCAAGAAGGCCUCUCCUGUCAUCUCUUCCUCUGUGCCCUUCUCCAAGUAGUUUAUUUGGUAGUAGAAAGAAGUCUAAGAAUUGGAAUUUCAAAACAGUUGGAAAAUAUUAGAAUAACCUUAUGUUUGGUGAAAGUAAAGACCCAACUUUGGGGAUAGGAAUUCAGUAUUUGGUAAAAAUGUUUUUAGAAAACUAAAAAGUAGUCAGGCAGAAACUAGAUAUAAACCAAUAUUUUAUACCAUCUACUAAGGUAAAAUCAAAGUGGAUACAUGAUAUAAGCAUAAAGGGAGAUAUAAUAAGCAAAUUAGAAGAACGGGGAACAUAUUACCUAUCAAAUUUAUGGAUAAGAGAAACACUUAUGAAUAAACAAGCAAAAAAGAUAUAAAAUGUAUAAAUUUGAAUAUAUUAAAUUUAAAAGUUUUGUACACAUGGAAACUAAUGUAGCCAAGAUUAGAAGAAAAGCAAGGUGGUGGGGUGGAUUAUAGACAGUUUCUCAGAUCUAAAAAUAUAUAUAUGGAAUUGUCAAAUUUAUAAGAAUAUGAACCAUUCCUCAACUGAUAAAUGGUCAAAUGAUCUGAAUAGAUAGUUUUUGGAUGAAGAAAUCAAAGCUAUGUGUAAAUAUAUGGAAAAUGCUCUAGAUGAUUAUUGAUUAGAGAAAUGUAAAUCAAAAUAACCAUGAUUUCAUCUUAUGCCUAUCAAAUUGACUAAAAUGAUAAAAGGACAAAAUUUAUAAUGUUGGAUGGGGUGUGGAGAAAAGGUGAUACUAAUAUACUGUUGGUGGAACUGCGAACUGAUCCAACCAUUUUGGAGAGCAAUUUGGAAUUAUACACAAGUAUAAAACCUUUCUAUAUGCAUACCUUUAUAUAUGUGUAUACCUUUAAACCCAGCAAUACCAACAUUAGGUUUAUUUCCUAAGGUGAUCCAGAAAAAAGGAAAAGAAACUUUAUGUUCUAAAAUAUUUAUAGAAGCUCUCUUUGUGGUGACCAAGAACUGGAAAGUGAGAAGAUGGCAACUGAGGAAAGGCUGAACAAGUUGUGGUAUGAGUUGGUGAUGGAGUACUAUUGUGCUAUAAGCAAGAUAAUUUCAGAAAAAAGUUGGAAAGAUCUACAGGAAGUGAUGCAGAGCAAAAUAAGCAGAAUCAGGAGAACAUUGUACAGCAAUUGGAUGAUUACAUUGUUAACAGCAAUAUUGUACAAUGAUCAACUGAAAACUUGGCUACCUUAAGCAAUGCAAUGAUCAAGGACAAUCUUCAAAAUAUGACAGAAUGUUAUCUGCCUCCAGGGCAAGAACUGUUGAAUCAGGUGGAUACAGAUCAAAAGCUUACUAUCUUUCACAUCAGUUUACUUAUGGUUUUAUUAGGGGGUUUUGGUUUUGUAUGAGUGUGCUCUUAAAACAAUGACCAAUAUGGAAGUGUAUUUGC